AGCUGAUUUGUUGAGUUUUAAGUAGGUUUGUUUUCUUAAAGGGCUGUACGGUUAUAUAACGAUUUAAAUCAGAACCUUUGGUCUUAAUCGGUACUUGAUUAACCAGGUCUGGAAUAUACAGUACAAUGUUGCACUUGGCACAUGACAAGUAGACUUGUUCAGGCAACAUCCAGAUUUCGAUCGUCUGUUACUCAAGUGGUUAUGGAGAAACCAUGCAUAUUAGCUACCACACUUGGAGCACCCGGAGGCAUCUACAAGUGUUUUGAACCUUGUAUCGAGAAACACUUCACUAUAAUCCCAUAUGAGAGGUUUGUACAGAUGAAAGAAGACUUCGCUGACAAAAUCCAGGCAGUGUUUGUGUGGGGUCCUGACGCUAUUAAAGUUGACCAAAACCUGUUACAGUCCUUGCCUAAACUCAAAGCUGUUGUUAAUGGUGGAGUAGGAGUAGACCACCUUGAUAUUCCACUUAUCAAUAGCUUUGGAGUCAAAGUUACCAACACUCCUGGUGUAGUGGAUAACGCUACUGCAGAUAUUGGCAUGAGUUUGAUGUUGGCAUCUGCAAGGAAGAUUGUUGAAGGGCACAAUUUUUCUAAGUUCCGGGAGUCUGAUUAUUUUCCAAAGUCUUCUCUGGGAACUGAUGUUAGCGGGGCCACCCUGGGAAUCAUCGGCAUGGGUAGAAUAGGAUAUAAAAUUGCCAAGAGAGCUCAAGGGUUUGAAAUGAAAAUCCUUUACCACAACAGGAAUCGAAGGCCUGAGAGUGAAGAGAGAGCAGUUGGGGCCACAUAUUGUGCAAGCUUGAAGGAGCUGUUACAGAGGUCAGACUUCGUCAUGGUGGUGGUCAGUCUGUCGCCUGAGACGCGCAAACUGAUUGGUGCCAAAGAGUUUGCCAUGAUGAAACCCAAUAGCACCCUUAUCAACAUUAGCAGAGGCUUGGUAGUGGACCAGGACGCUUUAGUGGAUGCACUCCAGAAGAAAAUGAUACGAGCUGCUGCUUUAGAUGUCACGUAUCCCGAACCACUUCCCAGAGACCAUCCCCUGCUGUCCUUUCCAAAUGUCAUCGUCCUGCCCCAUCUAGGAACCCACACUGUGGAGACCACACAGAUUAUGGUGGAGAGGAUGGUGACCAAUGCCUUGGCCGCUAUAACUGGAGGCCAGCUUCCUGAUGAAGUCGAGGCAUAGAGCCAGAUCACAGAGCCAUCUGUCCCUCUUUUGUUUUUAACCAGCAAAACAUAGAAAAUACUAAUAGAUUUGGUAAUCAUUUAUCUGUGAUUAUGUUUUGUGAUUUGUGCAGAUGAGUCAGUUUUUAAAUGUUUCAUGUUUACUUUUAUGGUAAUGAAAUAUAGAAUAUUAAAGAAUGUCUUAAAUUGAACAGCACAGUAUAUAUAUAUAUAU